ACUUCGAUAUUUUCUAAGGUGUGAAUCUGAAUCAUUAUUCAUUCACUAGAAAGAGAAUGGCCAAAAAAUAUGAGGGACCUGCUAUUGGAAUUGAUCUUGGAACAACCUAUUCAUGUGUUGCUGUAUGGCAGGAACAAAACAACAGAGCUGAGAUAAUCCAUAAUGAGCAAGGAAACAGAACCACUCCUUCUUUUGUUGCUUUCUCUGGUGAUCAAAGGUUGAUAGGUGAUGCUGCUAAAAAUCAAGCUGCUUCAAACCCAGCUAACACAGUCUUUGAUGCAAAGAGGUUGAUUGGAAGGAAAUAUAGCGAUUCUGUUAUAAAAAACGAUCUUCAGUUGUGGCCCUUUAAGGUAAUUGCUGGCACUGAAGACAAUCCUGUGAUUGUUGUUCAUUUUAAGGAAGAGGAAAAGCACUUUGUUGCGGAGGAAAUUUCAUCUAUGAUCCUUGCAAAAAUGAAAGAGAUAGCCGAGAAAUUUUUGGAGUCAAAGGUUAAAGAUGCAGUGAUCACUGUGCCUGCUUAUUUUAAUGAUUCUCAGCGGAAAGCCACAAAAGAUGCUGGUGUCAUUUCUGGCCUUAAUGUAAUCCGGAUUAUCAAUGAACCAACGGCUGCGGCUCUUGCAUAUGGUCUUCAGAAGAGAGCUAAUUGUGUGGAAAAUAGAAAUAUUUUUAUCUUUGAUCUUGGUGGUGGGACUUUCGAUGUGUCUGUUCUCACAAUUAAAAACAAUGCUUUCGAUGUCAAGGCUACUGCUGGAGAUACUCACCUUGGAGGAGAGGACUUUGAUCACAGAAUGGUUAAUCACUUUGUGAAGGAGUUCAAAAGGAAGCAUUCAAAAGAUAUCAGUGGGAACUCGAGGGCUCUUAGGAGGUUGAGGACUGCUUGUGAGAGGGCAAAGAGGACACUUUCAUUUGACACGGAGGCCACAAUUGAUAUUGAUGCUAUAUCUGAGGGUAUUGAUUUUUGUUCAUCAAUCACUCGUGCGAAGUUUGAGCAACUUAACAUGGACCUCUUUGAAAAGUGUAUGGAGACGGUUGAAAGAUGUCUUACUGAUGCUGAAAUGGAUAAGAAAACCGUAGAUGAUGUUGUUCUUGUUGGAGGUUCUUCUAGGAUUCCGAAAGUGAAGCAGCUACUGCAAGACUUUUUCAAUGGAAAGGAUUUGUGUAUGAGCAUCAACCCUGAUGAGGCGGUUGCUUAUGGUGCUGCUGUCCAGGCUGCUUUGUUGGGUGAAGGCAUCAAAUCAGUUCCAAACUUGGUGCUGCGAGAUGUUACACCUUUGUCACUUGGUAUAUCGAUAAAAGGAGAUGUGAUGAGUGUAUUGAUUCCAAGAAAUUCUAUCAUUCCUGUAAAGAAGAAACAAGUAUACCACACAUGUGAUGACGACCAACCAGGUGUCUCAGUUGAUGUUUACGAGGGUGAGAGAUCUGUUGCUAGUGAGAACAAUUUGCUUGGUUUAUUUGAACUCAAAGUACCUCUUGCGCCUCGUGGACUUCCUAUCCAAGUAUGCUUUGCUAUAGAUGCUGAUGGUAUAUUAAAUGUCUCUGCAGAGGAAGAAACCAGUGGUAAUAAGAAAGAUAUUACUAUAACAAAGGAAAAUGGUCGACUUUCAACUGAAGAAAUUGAGAGAAUGAUUCAAGAAGCUGAGAAUUUCAAAGAGGAAGACUUGAAGUUUAAAAAGAAAGUUAAAGCAAUGAAUGUUUUGGAUGAUUACCUUUACAACAUGCGGAAAGUAAUGAAGGAUGGGAGUGUUACUUCCAUGCUUACCUCUACUGACAAAAUGAAGCUCAAUGCUGCAAUGAUAAAAGGAAAGAAUUUGAUUGAUGACAAAGAGCAACAUGAAACAUUUGUGUUUGUGGACUUUCUGAAGGAGCUUGAGAAGAUAUUUGAAUCUGCUUUGAACAAGAUUAAUAAAGGUUACUCUGAUGAGGAAAGUGAUUCUGAUUGA